AUUGAGAACCUUCUCAAACAUCCAUCUCAUGUACUCUGUCAAUCAGAGGGGAACAUAAUUCAUCGCUACUGCAAGGCACAAGAUUCCUUAUCGGACUACACGUUGUUUCAGUGCUAUGACUGGAGGCACAGAACAACUUCUUCUCCCUACUUCCUCCCUGCACCUCUGAAGAAAUGGAGAACCGUAAGCCAGCUGAUACUCAGGAUGAGGUUGUCAUUGCAUUAAUGGGCAACACUGGAACGGGAAAAUCAUCAUUUAUCCAACUUCUUACGGGAGACAAGAGCGUUCGAGUCGGCGACAGUUUGGACUCGGAGACGGAUGAUGUUGUGAAGAUUGCUUUCACAGAUCCAGUGAGCGGACGGAAGGUGGUUUUGGUUGAUACGCCUGGAUUCGACGAUUCGCGAGAUGGACGCACGGAUACGGAGAUCCUGCGUAAGAUAUCGGAGUUUAUGUUGAACGAAUACGACGAACAUCGAAAACUGAACGGGACUAUAUUUUUCCACCGUAUGUCUGACCCAAGAUUUGGUGGACAAUCUCGCCGCAGCCUCAGAAUCUUCCGAGAGCUCUGCGGAGCCGCAACAUUCAAAAAUGUCGUCGUCCUCACUACCUUCUGGGACCGAGUCAACGAGGAGGAAGGGUUGGCGCGAGAAGAAGAGCUCAAGUCGAACUCAAACUUUUUCAAGGAUCUCGUCGAGGGGGGUGCUCGGUUCAUGCGGCAUGAUCGCGAAAACAGUGGUGCACGCGAAGUGCUGGACCAUAUCUUCACGCUGGUUCCUAUGAAUGUCCAGAUUCAGGAAGAGAUCCGAGUGGAGGGUAAGACGCUUGAAGAGACUGCAGCUGGGUCAGUCCAUCGUGAAGAGAUUGAUCGUAUGGUCGCCAAACACAAGAAGGAGAUGGAAGACAUAAACUCCGAAAUUGCGACGGUGAAGAAGGGGAACGAUGCAUUGAGGAAGGAGCUGGAGGAGGAGCGCGCGGAAUUGCAGAAGAAGAUCACUCGAUGGGAGGACGAAAAGAUGGAUUUGAAGAAAGGUCUGGAUAACGAGAGCGAGCUGCGAAAACGUUUAGAGGACGAAAUCAGGACGCAGCGGGAGAAGUUCGAAAAAGCACAGCAGGAGCUGCAAGCAGAACUCGAAAAGUCCAAGAAGGGACGCGAUAGCGUGGCAGUGAUGGAAGCGCAAAGGAAGGCUAGGGAAGCAGAGAGAGCAAAACAGGAGGCAGAAAACACCCUGCAACGGAGGAUGUCCUUCAAGCAUAUGGGACAUGAGAUAGCGAGGGGUAUUCCAUUAGUACCCACUAGUCUCGCCAAGCCACUGUUUGGUACGAUUGGUCGUGGGCUGGACAUCGUCGACCGUCGCAGAAGGGGCAAAUAGCAUUUUUCGCUUCUUCCUCUGUACAAAUAUUGUACGAUAAAUGACCGGGAAUUUUAUCUAAUAUGAAGUGCUCCCGACCACAGCAAGUUCUGUGUUCUCAUAAAACCCUCUAUAACCACUUGCAUUGACGGCUGUGGCUUGAAGGUAUAAAGAUAAUAAGCAUUGGAAGUGCCGAAUAUCAAGAUGGCAGGGUGAUGGUAAAGAGAGCAAG